UUUGCGUGAAGGGUUGUGUCUACGCGACAAAUUGUGAAAAUCUAUCACUUUUUUAACAUUUCAUUUGUCUACUUACAAUCAAUCAACAACCUUUCUCUUUCUUCUCUCUCCCUCCUGAUAAGCUGUGUGCUUGCCCCACUCCACUCUGUAAUGCUUAACUGCAAUCAUAGCCAGAAAAGAGGCUUUGAACUUCAAUGCAUGGGGUAUGCAACAUUACCUGCUAGGGGACGUAGUUAGUAAGGAUGAUAGGAGCUGUUCUUUUUGAUGUCUCGGAAGCAGUAAAUUGUUAAAGAGUUUGCAAAGAAAAGAAAUCCCUUUUCCGGUCUUGCAAUGCCAGUCCCUCUUGCUCCGUAUCCAACACCUCCUGUUCCAUUUACACCACCUGCAACUGGUGCACAGAGCCAGCUUGUUUGUUCUGGUUGUCGAAACCUUUUGGUGUAUCCGGUAGGAGCAACCUCUGUGUGUUGUGCAGUUUGCAAUGCAGUCACAGCUGUACCUCCUCCUGCAGGCACUGAGAUGGCUCAGUUGGUUUGUGGGGGCUGCCAUACUUUGUUAAUGUAUAUUCGUGGAGCAACAAGCGUGCAGUGUUCUUGUUGUCACACCAUCAAUUUAGCAAUGGAAGCAAAUCAGGUAGCACAUGUGAAUUGUGGGAACUGCCGGAUGCUGUUGAUGUACCAAUAUGGGGCGCGAUCUGUAAAAUGCGCCGUCUGCAAUUUUGUGACAUCAAUUGGGGCAUCAGCGAGCACUAUUGAGCAGAAGUUCAACAGCUGAACUCUGAAGUUUUCUGUUUCAAUACCACAUUACAUUGCCAUUUUGAAGAGCUGCCAGAAACUGCAAAAUUCCUGGAAGCAGAGAAAGUAUAUUUCUGCUGCAUUGUAUAGAGUUCUUUUUCCAGCGCGUGAUUUACAUAUGAAUAAGCAAAUUUUCCUGCGUAAAUGCACAAGAUUAUUAUCUAUGAAUUUGAGGUUGCUAGCGUUGUUUCAAAUUAUUGGAUAAGAAAAACAUCAUUUUCUUGUAGUGCUUCUUCUAAUUGCAUCAAGCACACGACAUCAGGCUGUA